AUGCCUUUCCUCGGCAUCCUCGAAGACAACAAGCUCCCACACGUCCCAGGAACGGUCAUCCUGGAAGAGGCGGCUGCACAUUCAGGCGAGAUCACCGGAGGAUUAAAGCAUGGCACCGGACGAAACGCAAACGUUGUGCUCAUCCCCCAGCCCUCAGACGACCCCAAUGACCCCUUGAAUUGGCCACAAUGGAAGAAGCUGAUGGUCCUCUCCGUCACGCUCAGCGGCUCCGUUCUAUAUGCGGCUGUGUGUUCAGCCAUGCUGAAUCCUGCAUUCUUUCAGAUCUCCGUUGAGCUGAACACAACCAUCGCCGCCUUGAUUUCGGCAACUGGCUACCAGACCCUGGUCGUCGGCGUCACUGGACCCAUCUUCAGCGCUCUUGGUCGCAAGUAUGGCAAGCGACCGAUUUUCCUGUGGGCUUCACUCGUAUGCCUCGUGGGCAAUAUCGUGGGCUCUGCACAGUACAGCUACAACGGCAUCCUGAUAUCCCGUAUCCUGCAAGGCUUCGCCAUCGCACCAUAUGAGUCCCUGAUCUUCGCCCUGAUCUCCGACCUCUUCUUCGUCCACGAACGCGGCAUCUAUACCGCCGUGAUCAACUUCGUCCUCGCCGGCAUAAGCAAUCUCACCGGCGUCGUCAGCGGCCCCAUCGCCACCAACCUCGGCUGGCAAUGGAUCUACCACCUCUGCGUGAUCCUCGGCGCCCUCCAAACUAUCGCACAAUACUUCUUCGCCCCGGAAACCUCCUACGUGCGCGACCGCCGCUACGAGAUCGACGAGCGCAUCAACGACGACCUAGAAGGUCUCGCCGAGCUCGAGCACAAGCGCGAGAUCAACGCGACUCACCAAGAAGAAACAGGAGAGAAAGCCGUCUCUGCCUCAACCACAGAGAACCGCCUCGCAGCAACAACCUCCACCACGCCUCCCCCACCGAAAAAGACCUUCCGCCAAGAACUCGCCAUCUUCAACGGCACCUUCUCCCGCGAGAACCUCUUCCAGCUCUUCAUCGCGCCCUUCGCCGUUGUCACCAACCUCGCCGUCAGCUGGGUCGUUCUUGUCCCCAGUAUGUUUGUGACGCUCUACGUCGUCAUCGCCUUCGUCAUGGCCCAAGUCUUCGCGCCACCACCGUACCUCCUCUCCCCGACCGCCAUCGGCCUGCUCUCCUUGGUGGUGCUCCCGCAAGAACAACGGCGUCUACGAGCCCGAAUACCGGCUUUUGCGUCUUGGCUCGGCCUCGUCGCCGGCGCCGGCCUGCUGGGUUGGGGCACCAUGGUCGCGGACGGCAUCAGCCCCGUCGCAUGCGCAGCCGUGCACGGCAUUACCCUCUUCGGCAUCAUUGGUAUCUGCAUCGCAACAAACGCCUACAUCAUCGACGCAUACCGCGCGAUGACGGCCGAGGUGUUUAUCGCGAACAUGGCGGUGAAGAAUCUCAUGAUCUAUGGCUUCAGCUACUUUGUGAACGACUGGACAGCGAAGGUGGGGGUGAAGCAUGCGUUUCAUGUGUGGGGAGGCGUGGCGCUGGCGAUCACGGCGACGACGCCCGUGUUGUACUUUUGGGGCAAGCGGUAUAGGAGUUUUUGGGCGAGGAAGAAUUUGUUGGCUAAGAUGGGGAUUGUUACGCAUGAGGAGUAG